GUGAGGGCAGCGCCGGCGCCACCGUCCCACCGCACCCUGCCCGCCGCUCCGCGGAUCCCCGUCCCGGGCCGCCGCGCGGGAUGGCACCGGGGCUGCUGGACCUGGUGCACUUGACAACCUGCGCCGUGUGUGCCGUGAUCAAGCUGCCGCAGCUGGUGGCGGUGCUGAGGGCCGGCUCGGCGUGGGGACUAAGCGUGAGCAGCCUGCUCCUGGAGCUGGCCGGCCUCCUCGUGUUUCUGAGGUACCACAUCUAUUAUGGUUACCCCCUGGAGACGUACCUGGAGUUUCCUGUCGUCAUUGCACAAGAUGUCAUUCUCCUUGGCUGUAUUAUGCAUUUCAGUGGAAAAGUGAGACGAGCUUGUUUCUAUGCACUCGUAUAUUGGGUGGGCUGGUAUAUGAUAACACUGCAGAAGUGGAUAAUAGACCUGGCCAUGAAUCUGUGCACGCUCGUCAGUGCAGCCAGUAGGCUGGUUCAGCUGCAGCAUCUCUGGGAGACCAAAGAUGCCAGACAAGCGAGCGCCCUGACCUGGGGCAUGUCUGUGUACGCCUCUGCAGCAAGAAUUAUUACAACACUAAUGACUACAAAUGAUUAUGCAGUUCUCAUCCGUUUCAUAGUCAUGCUCAUUCUCAAUAUUUGGGUCACAGCCACAGUCCUGCACUACAGGAAGAUUAAAAAGACUGAUUAGACGACACUCAUCAGCACACAUAUCAUUACCAUAAAAAAUAUAAUUAAGCCGAACGAAUUUAAGAAUUCUUCAAAGACUGAAGCUCUCUUUCUCUAGUAUUUACCCUUUAGCAUAGUUACAGUAUUUACAGUACUUACAGACUUACAGUAUAGCACAUUCAUGCUUGCUUUCUCUUAGAAAUAAUUCUGAUAAGAUACUUAAUUUAAGCAGCAUAUUUUUAUUGGUCAUUUCAGACAAGUUUCACUGAUAUCACAUUUUCUCUGGAUUUUUUACUACAAGGUAUUUCAUAGUUAGAUGUAUAUAUAUUCUGGUAUCACUUCAGUACUUUCUGGUUACAUAUAAGCAGUUUUCUUCAAUUAUACAUUAUCAAUUUUGCCAACAUACUGACUUGUCCUGCUGCAAAACUGUAAAACCACAACAGAAGUUUGUCUUCUUCUUGCAAGCAACUCAAUUAGUUCAACAUUAACUGUCUGUAUUUUAGGAUGAAGAAAAUCUGAGUCAAGGCCCAAUCCAGAAUAAGGUUCUAAUUACUAAAUCACAAAUCCAGUUGGAUUGUAGCACUUACAUGCAACACUUAAAUAGUACAAUUUAUACAGCUGAUACAGGAUACCCAUAGUCACUUGCCUCAGCAUACCCAGUUUUUAAUUGGAUAAGAGAGCAAAAACUCAACUACAAAUUAUUUUUCAACCUGAGCUCUCAUUCACUGAACAUACUAUUUUGGGAACAGGAAUGUAUGGGGAUUAAUGAAACUGUGGCCAACAGUUAAAAAUGCCGUUCAAGCAAAAGUUCCUGGAAUGAUAUCCAGAAUUCCCAAACACCAUCCAUACUGACAGUGACAUGUGCACCUUGAUGCAUCUCAGCAGACUGAUCUCCUGCAGUUGUCAGGUUUUGGUGAUACUGCUCUGUGGUUCAUGAAUUUUUGGCCUGUCAGUGCUAAGUGUGUUGAAGAACAUAGACUUCACUUAAACUUUUAUUUCAGAAAUUCUAAUAAAUUUUGUAGUACUUAGAGUAAAAAAGGGGAAAGGAUAUUCUUGACAACUAUUAACAGAGGAUUUUGGUUUUGAAAGUACUGCCUUCACAACCAAAAGUUACAUUAGUAAUCAUACAGCUUGCCUUCAUUUAGCAUUACAUUCCCCAAAAUUAAAAGAUACAACAUUCCAAGAGUUCUUAUGGUAUUCUGUUGAUUGGCAUGUAAAAACCUAGGCACCCUUGAUCCCAACACCCUUGAAAACUAUGGGAAGACUGCAUUGACUCCAUUUGAGGCAGGUUUUCUUUGAAACAUUCUAAAUUGUGUGACUGCUGUGGAGCAAAGGGAUCUGCAAAAGCAGAUGUUUCUGCCAGUGAGCACGCAGCAAUUGGAGCAUUCACCAUCAGAAAACAGCUGCUUCGUACUCUAAAUUUUAGUGGGAAGGGCUGGGAAGAGAUGUGUCUGUGGGCAGUGAUUUCAUGUAUGCCACAUCACUGACAGCAAGACAAAGAUGAGCUUUUCUUUACUGCUCCAAUAAAAAGUCAAAUCUUUCAAUGUUGGUUGAAAGAUUAAUUGUAAACAUUCUGAUUUUACUAAAUGUGUGUAAAGUAUCUGAAGUGGUCUAAAUGGUGGCAAGUGGCAUGUGAUACAUUUUCCAGGUGAUACUAAUAAAUGCUAUUUUCCAA